GUGGCCAGCCGGGUCUGCUUUGCUUGCGAGCAGCUCGAGAAGUUGGCCAACAAUGGUCUCUCUCCUCGGCAGUUUAGCCAGGCCAAGGCUCGUCUAAAGGCGGACUUGCUAAUGCGUGCCGAAUCUCACACCGAAUUGGCUGAGGAUGUGGCCGUCCAACUUCUCAUUAAUGAACAGCCAGUAAUUCGGUCGCCAGAGGCAAUCUGCAAAGCCAUCGACGCCCUGCAACUAGAGACUGCUAACAAGGCAAGUUCCCAUUCCCAGCUCUCUUGGCAAAUCCUCCCUCCCCCGAGAAGCCUACCGCACUACGUUCGAGGCACUUGA